CACACGUACAAUAAGUUUCUAGCUUCUGUGCAAACCUUUACUGCUACAGAUGGGAGGUAAUUACUUUUUGAUCGCGUGAUUUGAGGUUGCAGCAAGUGGGACGGUCGAUGGGGGAGCGACAGCAUAAAGUUACCAUUUUCAUAUCAACUGCGCAAGCACUAGCUAAGUACGUACAGACCAGUCAGAGCUAAGUGGUCUCUCUUCUUUCUCUAUGAGUUCUGUAGCAGAGAAUGAUGAAGAACCAAUCAUACUGACAGGCCCCAAUGCUGACGCUUUGCAAAACUUUGAGAACACGUUAGCCCAUGUUGCUCCAGAAAUAUCAAGUCAACACAGAGAACUGCGGAAGCUCAUAGGCAAACAACUGAUUGAAGAACAUUUGGAUUUUAGUCACGUUAAGUGCUUUCUGGUGAUGCCACGUGCAAGCCGUACUCUCGUGUAUCUAGAGGGCGAUCGCUCUAGCAUGUAUCAAGAGCUCAAACACAUGUGCGCGACGAAGAACGACGAAUGGAACAACAUAACACGAGUUAUUAUCGUGUUGUAUCGAAACGAAGAAGCUGCACAGAGUGAUGCUCUGUACGAUUGUCAGAAGAUCAACUUGUGGUGGGAUCCUGGACCACAAAGGGAGUUACAGCAGUUUACUAACAUAAACCACCUGAUCAGCUUUAGAAGUAAACUCAACAUAGAACAGACAAACGUUAUUCGCAAAUUUUUGGGAUACAAACCUAAACAACAAGAGAAGAAACAAAAACAACGAAAUAAUAAAGUGGAUCGCAAGCGGAUGUCUCUUUCGCGACACCAGAUUGUGUUGCUUUUAGCUGUUGUGUGCAUCAUUGGGAUUUAUCUCUUGGCUACUCUGCUACGGCUGGUUCGAUUUUCAACUCUGACGAACAUAAAACUUCCAACUAACGCAGGAAUGCCACUAAACGCUGAGACAGGAGUACCAAUAAAUGAUGAAAGAAAGAUUGCAACAAACGGUACAAAAAAGAUGCCAGUAAACGUUGGAAAGGAGGUGUCAGUUGACGCUAGGAGAGAAGUACGGGCACCAUUAGUGGAUCCUACAGGAGGGGUCCUAAUGAAAGAAAGUGCUACUAAACAUUACAAGGGAAGAAAGAAAUUUAAACGUCGCAUUUCUAUGUGAAGAUGACCGGAAAGUUACAAGAGAGGUACCAGUAUAGACGCUGAAAUGGGUGCCAAUAGACGGUCGAGGAAGGAUGACAAUAUACUGUAAAAGAGGGGUACCAUACAGUAUACAGUAAAAAAGAUUUACGGAAAUCCGUGGUUUUUGCUUUCACACUUAGACUGGUUUUUGAAUUAUUGACUAACAUUAGAUAAAUCAUUAAAAUAAAUUUGUCAAUGUGCAGAAAGAAUUUCUGGCUAGAAGACUCGUCUCUUAACUUAGAUCUAUGUGUCUAAAGAAGAGCUGUUUUGUCUGUCUGUGUGUCUGUGUGUCUGUCUGUCUGUCAAAUAACAUUUAUUUCAAACAUACAUCUAUAACAUAACUAGCAAGGUAACAAUAUAUAGAGAGUUCUGUAACUAUGAGAGUUUACUAGAACUAGAUUUUAAAAACAAACAAACAUGUAACACUUAAAAGAGAACAAUGCAGACUACCCGGAGCCAACGUAGUGGCUGAGAAACUGGGUAGAGCAAUCUACAGUACAGUCAA